UGUAGUCUAAUGAUGACCUUAAUUGGAAAGCAGGAUACCGUGAUCUGAAGGUUGCAGAAACAAAUAUCAGCCUUAAAGGAGACUUUUCUUGAUGCAGUGACUUGCGAUGCUCUGCGGUGACUUUGCGAUGCUCUGCGGUGACUUGUGAUGCUCUGCGGUGACUUUGCGAUGCUCUGCGGUGACUUUGCGAUGCUCUGCGGUGACUAUACGAUGCUCUGCGGUGACUUUGCGAUGCUCUGCGGUGACUUGCGAUGCUCUGCGGUUACUUUGCGACUAGGGUGCAGGAGGUUUGGUGCUCUUUCUCUGACUGUCUUGCCUUUGCCGUUAUGCCACUUUAAGAGUCGGCUGCAGUCUUACUAAUGCGCACGUG